AUGUCUCGUGUUCCUCUUGGAAAAGUUCUUCUUCGAAAUGUCAUCCGCCACACUGAUGCCCACAACAAGGUUAUAUUUCUUAAGAUGGGGGAAUGUGCAGAGAACAGCACUGUUUAUGCAGCCCAAGUCACACCUCCCCUGCCUGUGCCUCACACACUCUUCAUGAAAAAAUUGGUUUCAUUUUCGAUCCGAUUUUAUAGCACAUUCUUAUUUUAUACCAAAUACAGUGGGGCGCUUAUAUUGUGAUAAUGAAUAAAUAAUACACCUAGUGAAAACAGAAAAUGUUUCUAUACCGUUCACUUCUGUUUCUUGAGCAGUCCCGUGUCGUAUAUACCUUUUAAAAUAAAUAUAAAUAACAGAAAAUAGUGUAGUACCCUUAUGUACACAAAUAUAAUACACAAAAUAAUGGGGAACUCACAUGUUCCAGAGCUAUAACCUAGCUCUGGGAAUAUUGGCCAGUAGGCCAGUUUUGACGACCUUCCCCUUUUUCCUUUGAAGAGUGGUUUAGGGUUUCCUUAUGUAAAAUUAUAGUUUCUGGUAUAAGCCCAGAGCCUAUGAAUUGGCUCAGUGGAACAGCAAAGUAUGGUUAGGAACCAUACCACCCUCUUUGAGAAUGCAGGAACGAUGAUAGUAAGUGCAAAGGUAAAUAAAAGUAUAAAUCUUUAGACAAUUAUAUGCUUUAUUUAAAGCUUAGUAAGUAAAAACAUUAUACAAUAUAGUAUAUAGUUCCAGAGACAGAGAUGGCUUCCUGAAUCUGGUGCAAUGAACCAUCAAGUCACAAAGUCUGUCUAUAUAUAGGUCUAUAAAUACCGUGAAAAUUGGUUUCAUUUUCAAUCAGAUCUUAUAGCACAUUGUGUUUACUUUAGAAGUUAUUAUCUCCAGCUCUGUCAAUUGAACUUUAAUCAGACACAUUAAGCUGCUGCAGGCUGUUAACAGAGAUUGAGAUAAGAAGUCCCACACCCCAAAUAUAUAUAUAUUAUGAAAUGUGACUGAAUUGGUCACUUUUAAAAUUUAUUUUGAUGUUGGUGUUAUUUUAGGAUUCAAAAAAUAAUGUAUAAUUUGAUUUUUAUAAGUCGCCUUAGUAUUUAAAAAUAAAGUAAGUUUUGAGAUAAGUACAUUUUAAAAGGGUGUUUGUUUUAUUAUAAGUUCUAUUUUAUUUAAAUCUUACGUUGCAUGUCUAACAUUAAAAUAGAUUAUUUGUAUAAAGGGAAUUAAAGAGGGAGUUGCAAAGAAUAAGACCAUUAAAUCUGCAACCUGCGUGAGCUCCUUACUAUUUUUUGUCCUUACUAUUUGUCGCCAUUAUCUUUUGAUAGAUUCAAGAAGAAUCUGAAAUGUGGAAAAUUCGAGAAAUGGAGAAGCAGGCACAAGAUGAUUAUGGUACAAAGCGGAGAAGAACAUCACCAGAGCCAAACCGGUUGGUAUUCUAAUUUAAUGCUAUCAUCAAUGAUUUGCAUUCCAGUUUACAGCUGUUUUUGUAGGAUUCAUUUCCUAGUAAUUUUUAUUUAAUUUAGAGAGGGUAAGGAUAGUCUAGAAAGAGUAGGAAAAGAAUAGAAAAACAUUUUAUAGGAGUUUAACCAUUUAGAGCAUUUGUUCCCAAAGCAGUCCUUGCGACCAACCAACAGUCCAGGUUUUGUCAGUAUCUCCAUUGGAAUAAUAAAGAGAAACACAUAAAUACAUUAGUCCUAGAUUGUUGGUGGGCUAUGAGGACUGGUUUAGGAACCACUAAUUUAGAUGAACUUAUUUUUACAAAUAAUGUUAUAUUUUUCUGUGCAUAAAGCUAAUUAUUGAUUGUACUGCAUUAACUGUAUCAGUUAGCAUAUUGAGAUGGGCCAAAUGGUUCUUAUCUGCCGUCACAUUCUAUGUUUCUAUAGUAUUUAGAAAAUUGGGUAGGCUAGAUGGGCCAAAUGGUUCUUAUCUGCCGUCACAUUCUAUUAGUUGACAUCUGAGUUUAGAUGUGUGCAGUGACCAUCCUAGGAAUUUAUGAAAUUAGGCACAAAACACUUAUUGAAUUGGGGUAGAUGCAGAAGAUGCUGAAAUGUGUAACCAUGGGGGCAUGUGGCACAUCAGUGCAUCUGUUUUAGCUGUGAAUUUGGAUGUUUGUUUAAAUAUUGUUACAUAAUGAAUGUUGACGACAUAGAAUACUUUAUGGUUAUUCCACACCUGGAAAAAUGUACUCUGAUACUUUUUGUGGGAAGAUACGUUAAACCUAGUGCUUUAUGUGCCAUUAGCAUGGACCGUAUUUAUGGCAAAGAUUUAUGUAAUUAUUUUAAACAAAACGUUUGAUGUGGGAUUUACUUGUUCUGUUGCUCUGUUUCCUUUCAGCCUCUCCAAACCAUUCAUAUUUAAAAUUUCCCGAUUGUGGUAACCUUUGCAGGGAAUGCCUUUUCUCUAUUUACUUGCUUUACCAUCUUCGUUUACAUUUUGUUCUUUACCUUUCAUUUAGAUUCCUCAGUGUAUGACGUUUUAUCUUCCCAUACUCUCCUAGUUGUUGUGUGUCACGAUCUUCCUUUCAUCUAGGUGGGAUCACAAUGGCUACAAGGAGUUAUAUCCCGAAGAAUUUGAUAAUGACAAGUAAGUUUGUUGAACACAGUUGCUGCCAGUGGAAAGGCCAAAUAACUUAUUUUCAUUUUUUAAAUUUUUUUUUUAAAUGUUUCAAGUCACAUCCGUACACUCAAUUUUUUUUUUCUGUCUGUCUCACUUUCUAUUUGUCUAUCCUCCAUGUGUAAGGCCUUGAUUUAACUUUACUGACGCUAUAACUAACAUCUUGCAGAAGCCACAUGAGAUCCGAUGGUUUUGAUGCUGAUGGAAAUAAACAAGCUGAAAAAACAGGAGUGGCAUCGGCAGUGAUGCUGAGACAGGGUGCCCUGAGUAUCCGGGCUUUGAACAAGAAGUUCUACGAGUGUGAGGCCAGCUUACCUGACAGGUGCGUUUACUGCUUUUUAAUAACUUAAUUGUCAGUGAUAACCCAGGUAUGGUAUCCAGAGGUGUGUGCAAUAAUUUAGUGAUGUCACCAGAUACAUCUAAGGUCAAGGAUUAAAUCAGAUCUUCCUGAUUUCAAUCCUACCAUUCAAAUGCCGAUAUAAUUAUUUUUUUCCGAUCUGAUAAAUAAUUUUCCAUAUUCUGUUCUGAUAAAGAAACAUACCUUCUCUAUGAGUAUUGGUAGGGGAGGAGGGACAGCUCAAAAUGGCACUGUCACUUCUCCCUGAAAAAAUAGCAUUUCGUAAAGAUAGAAUAUUUAUCCUUUAGGAUUUCUGGAGCCAUGUAUCCAUUAGUUCCUGCCUAUAACAUACAAUUAAAAAGAAGACAUUGGUAAACAAAUUUCAGCACUUACAAGCAAAGUAUAAGCAUACCAUGCAUAGUUAUUCAACAGUUGCAUAACUGUUGCAUGUGGAAUGUAUAUUAUAAUAAACAUGCUUAGAUCAUGUCAUAUCGAUAGGCUAGUGAAGAGAAAAGAGAAGAUUUACAGCCAUUUCGUGAUUAAGAUUUAAUUGUUUCCGUGGUCAAGUGAUUUGGCUGGAACUCUGUAGAUUUAGGUUUCUAUUUCUCCAAUAGAUUCUAUUCUACCUAUAGACAUUUAGGAAGCAUUCCAAAAGUCAGGGUGGUGUAAUGAUUUAUAUCAACCUAGGCAAAGACGCAAUUUGAUGCCCAACACAAUUUGAUCUCAUCUUAGGGUUUAUGCACUAUACUAGGAAUUGUAAAGAAUUGACCAGAUUUAAGACUGAUGGAAACAUUUAUUUUUGAACUAGAUCAUUUUGCCAUUUUUUUUUUUUUUUGGUUUGGGCUUUAAACUUGCAAAUUCUUUUUCAUUUCUCCACAUUUCAAAGUUUGCUAAAUAAUAUACCAGGAUACCAGGGAAGUCCUUCACAAUCACAAACUCAAUUUGACCACACCGUGAUUAACCAGAGGGUUCUUGGCAGAGAGUAAGCACUGCUAGAGUUUUUAAGAGGAGAAUAGAACUGGAAGGUCAGGGAAAAAAUCUCAUGGUAUCCCAAUCAGCCAUCCUUCUCUAAUUACUGUACAUUGUGAAUAAACAUAUAAAAAAAAUUAAAAAAAUACGCAUUUUGACUGUGUUGGAAUUUCACUGAAAGAGAAUUGGUAUUUAACAAAAUAUUGAUAAGGAUUCUAUACAAAAUAAAAAAAAUGCAUAUAUGCUAGAUCAAUGUAUCUCCCACUAAACCAGAUAAAUGCAUUAGUCUAGUAUGAGCAGGGGCAGUAGAAGUGUUGUGAUAGUCAUAAACACGUCAUUGGUGUAUCUGCAACAAGUCGUACAAACCAGAGCAUGAGCACAUGGGCGAGGUAAAGUAAACUCCCGCAUUCCAUAAAGGCACAAGAAAAUUGUGGUUAACUGCCUAUCCAGUCCCAGGUUAAACUCUGAGAUGGCACCUGUGUCUUCUGUUGCAGUACGUCUUAGUACUUGCUCUGUGAGUCUCAGUAGCUUGGUUGGGGUUAAAUGUGUUUUUAGUUCUGUUUAUUAAUAUUUUGCUUUGAAAUGUAAGGUUUGUCAAGGCUGUUUAAGGGGGUCAGUUUGAGGAUCAAACCAAUCAAAUAUUCACGGCAAAUACAUGACUAAAUACAUUGUCUAAAACAUUAUAAUUCAGAAUAACUGUACCCAGUCAUGGAGAAACCUUUCUUUUGGCUUAUUUCUAAAUUCAUGGGAAAACAAGUCUGUAAAUCACAUGACGGAAUCUGUCUUUCUCUAAUUAUUUUUUUUAUAGAUGGGGGCACAGCGGGUACAAGGAACUGUAUCCUGAGGAAUUUGAUUCAAACAGGUAUGUGGUGAAAAUUAAUCUUCCACCUGCACGCCCUUUUUUUUCAUCCAGCUAAUCAUAAUAUGUGUUUGUAUUUUACUUCUGUUCUGCAUGCAUGGAUUUGAGCUUUAGAAUUUCUUGUAUAUACUGGCAAACACAUGGGACCAGAACCCUUUAACCACUUUCCUUGACUGUUGUGCAAGCAAUGAUAUUAGAAGAAAUUACAAAGAUAAUACCCCAGUGCUCUUCCAGUAUCUCAAACUCCAGAUUUUCCCAUUGUAUCUGGUAACAUCUCUUACUAUGACCCUGUACAUUCAGCAGCAUAGCAGGUAUUGCCAAAAUAGCACCAUUGUCUAAUGGAUGCACAUGAAACUGCUGCUCAGAUGCUGUAAACGAUGGGUUCAGGUUCCUAACUAGAUGAUCUGGUGCGAAAUCAUAAAAACGUUGGAGGUCUUUUUUUGGGGGUGGGAAGUGACGGGGGAGGGGGGGAGAAUUAUAACACUCACUAAAACCCAAAAGCAACACAUAACCUCUCCCCCCCUUUUAAAUAUUUUUUUAAUGUAUAAUUUAUACAUAAUGGCGGUUGCAGUUAUAACCUACUGUCAUUUUAAAUAUGUGCAGGGAUUCCUCUGCUAUUUUGCACACAUUUUUAAAAUAUAAUUUGUGAUUUUUUUUUUUCAUAUCUAUAUUUAUCUAUAUUUUAGCAAACAAAGUAUUUGCAUGGUGAAUCCAGUAAUCAUUGUUCAGCAUGGCAAUACUGUAACUUGUUAUAAGCUAAAUACUACUAUAUUUUUUAUUAUUAUAUUAUUUGCCCAUGCAUUCCGUUUUAUAGAUCUGUUAUAGCUUUUGUGAUUUAACCCCAUUGAGGGUGUAGUCCAAUGCAAAUCCUGUGAUAUGAAACCAGACCUGGCAUGCCCUCUGUAAUUGAGUGAUUAACAUCUUUAUUCACUAAGGAUUUCCUAUUGCCAAGUAAUUGAAAGGGAUUCUCCAGUCUUGAGGUCACCCCCAUGUCAUUUUUAAUCUAUGAUAUAGAUAAAUCCCUAAAAAAUAAAUGUUAACAAAGAAAUGAAUCUGGAGCGUCUGAACUGCUGGAAAACUUAAACCUAGCACUGCAAGGGUUAGAGUCCAGAUCAAUCAGUAGCUAUUUAAUUUCUUAUUAUGAAAACGGUUAUCUGAAAUAGAUUUCUCAGAAAUUUCUUCCUGAUGACACGUACAACUGUGUUAUUGGACACUGCAGCUUAGGAGGAAAGAGCAGAAAUGAAGCUGUAACAUCACAUACACUGGUACAUUAACCAGAAAAAAGGAAAUAAUUUAAAAUGGGGGAUGUGGAACACAUGCAAAAAUACAGCUAAUUAUUUAGGCUAGGAACUACAAAAUAUCUACAUGUUGUAUUAGUGUCUGAAGUGUCCUUUUUAAAUAACGACAAAUAUACCAAAUUACACCAGGUGGGAAAAUGACCUUUUAUUUCAGCUGACCUUCAUGUAAUCCCUCAAUUUAACCUUGGUGUUUAUUUAUUCUUUAUGACAGUGACACAGAAGAAAAAAGCAACAAAAGGAAAACAAACGGCCAGGAAACGACAAGAGGCAGAGCUCAAAAAGAACAGGAGUCUCAUAAACGUAAGAGAUCUAAGAAAACCCAUAAAAAGAAACAGAAGAAACGGUCUCACAAAAAGCUAAAGAAGAGAAAGAAGGAGUUGGAGGUGCCUACAGAAACCUCAAGUGAGAGUGACAGUUCAGAGGACACCAUGGAAAAGCCAAAGAAAUCUAAGCGCAAGAAGAAGACUCGAAAAAAGGCCACUAGAAAACAGCCAUCUUCAUCUGGACAAGACAGCGAUUCAAGUGAUGAGAUGAGCAGCACCGAAGAUGCUGAGACAGAGGAACAUAAAGGCAGACGCCAUAAAAAAACAAGCCAGAAACACCACCAUCGAUCAAAACCCAAGAAAGACACCGAGAUGGAAUUGAGGAAAAGCAGGAGGACAAACUGGAAAGUGGCUAAAGACGAGGGGUCCGAUAGCUCGGAUGAAGACUGA